AUUUAAACGACAUUAACGAGUUUAGCGUAUUCUCUGAAAAUAGAAAGUGACCAAAAUCGAAAUUUCAGUGCAUCCUUCACCAUGUUUGACGAUCCUUCCAAGAAGCUAACCUAUUUUGAAUAUGCUGCUGGUGUUUUAGUCUGCUGUUGGCCCAUCAUGAGGCAAGCUGUCGCUGAAGAAUGGGCAGAUGUCGAUACAGCUGACAAACGAGACUGGAUGGCAGGUGCGCUAGUAGACUACAUCUGUUCAGCAAAAGACGUUGAUGCAUGGGAUAUCGAAGAGCUCAUUUUGCAGAUUCUCCAAGAUGAAUUUAAUGUGGGUUCUGUAGAAGAUGACUCACCUUACAUUUUGGCUCAAGAUCUACAUCGUGUAUGGCAAGCGGCCUUGGAAGACAAUUUUGACCCUAUUCGUGACAUCCAUGAACGCUUAGGAAAACCCAUGAUUGAGAAACAAGAGAGAGAAGAAAAUAGAGCUGCGAAGCCUUCAGCAUCUUCUGUUCCUGAACUUGUCGAAGGAGAACAAUCCAUGCAUGAAGAUGCUACUGAACCCGCACAAGAAGAAUCAAAGGCUCCUGUUGUCGACGACGAUGGCUUCACUGUUGUUCAACGUAAGCGUCGUUAAAGAAAAGACUUGCUUGUGCUUGAAACGAUGCUUUUAAGGUAUCAUAUCUUACUACAGGAUAUUUAUGGGUUAGGGGCGGAUACAAUGUUAGAAAAUUUUUUGCUAUGUUUUGGUGUCUUCUUGUCUAUAAAAUAAAAGAUUUACGGAGUAAUGGUAUAGGGGUGGAAUGAAAUAAAAUGCUAAUUCUGUCAAA